AUGUUGGAUGAUGUCUACAAUGAUUUAGUGAAUAAAUAUGGUGAUGGUAUUGUUGAUGUCAAACGCAUGUUCAAUGGUAACGGUCAACCGAUGCGCUCAAUUCGCGUUGAAUUUGAUUCUUCGGAACAAGUUGCACGUUUACUCGACGAUGGACUAAUGGUCAUUUGGCACGAAAGAAAAACGGUGAAAGAAUAUUAUUUGCCAAUGAUUUGCUUUGUCUGUGAAAGUGUUGGACAUCGAUCAAGUGCUUGUCCGAAAGUUGAACCAUGUAACGAAUGUCAACAACGACAUUAUUUUGGAAAAACAACAUGCGAUUCCACCACGAACAAUAGACUACGUAUGAGAGCAAGUGUCUCAUCUUACUCAUCAUCACCGAUCGACUCAGAAACAGCCAGUAAUACCAGUUCAAUCAUACCAUCCACAGCGAACAACAACAACAUUUCUGUCGACAGCCUACUUGCCAUUCAAGCAUCGAAAUUUGAAAAUAUGUUGAACGCACUGGAAAUAAGAAUGUCGACACGUAUUUCGAAAUUGGAAAAGCAAACUGGAGAGUUAUUUGAAUCAAGUGAAUAG